AGCAGUGUGGUGAGGAAGAUAGGCGUUAAGUACAACAACAAAAAAUAAUAACGUACUCCAGUAGUUCAGAAAUGUACCCUGAUGAGACUGAGGAUGAAUUACAGUACCUGUGGUGGCAGGUGCAGUGAAGACCGUCGAGUUUGAGCCUCGUCCAGUGGGAGUGAGAUUUUUGGAGAGAAUGGACCCUUGCCUUCUGGCUAAUCCAAAUGUGGUGUCAGGUUGGGUGGAGAAGAGGUUGGGGACUGUUGAAUCGGUAAAAGUCACUCGAAGUGGACUUGUGAUGAUUUUUUUGGUGUGUCUUCUGCCCAGAGGGACAGGGCGCUCCGUACCACACGCCUCGGGACAAGACGUGACUUGCUUUGCUCUCCGGAGCAGGGCGCCAUUGAAAGGAGUAAUAACUGGGGUGGAACUAUGUGUUAAGAGGGAUCAUCUGAAAUUGAAGAUUCCCAGUGUCUGCGACACCCAUGGUUUGGUGCCACACAGACCUGGUGGAGAGCCUGCUGAAAUAGAGAAGACACUGAGGUCGUUUGAGUGCCUGAUCGACCCAUUCGAUCAGCUCCUGCCGGACCAUCGUCAUGACUUGAAGAACUGUCCUGUUCCCAUUGAAUCAUGAAUGACAAGCUGGUUUUCCUGGGCCUCCUGUACUUUGUCCAGGGAAUCCCCUAUGGGCUCCAGUCCUCGCUGCUCCCCGUCUACCUCCGUGGGGCGGGCCAUUCCCUCACACGCAUCGGCCUGACCAAAAUCCUCUACUUCCCCUGGGUGCUCAAAGUCCUCUGGGCGCCUCUGGUGGACCGUGUGGGCACCAAGCGGCUCUGGCUUGUGGCUACUGUCUCAGGCCUGGCAUUCACCUGCCUCUCCAGUGCCACCCUGUCCCCAGAGGCCCACAUCUGGGGCGUGGCGGGGACACUACUGGCCAUGAAUGCCCUGGCGUCGGUUCAGGACAUCGCAGUGGACGGGGCCGCUGUGGGACUGCUGAAGGGCCGUAGCGAGCUGGGCCUGGGCAACACGGCCCAGGUGGUGGGCUACAAGGCCGGCUCGGUGUUUGCCGGGGGUGGGCUCCUGGCUGUGAUUGAUGUGGUCGGGUGGGGCCCUAUGUUCAUGCUGUUGGCCUUUGUGUACUUCGGUGUGGCGCUGUUUGUGUGGGGGGCCCCCGUGCUGGAUGAUGAGCUGUUGAGGGGCCAGGCAGAGGGGAGGAGGGGUGUCCAGUCGGACGCUGUGCAUCCCUGGAGGGUGUGGCGGAAGCUGCUGUCAGUACCUGGGACGCCCUGGACCAUAAUCUAUGUUCUCACAUACAAACUGGGUGAGCAGGGAGCGGUGACCAUGUUCCCUCUUUUCCUGUUAGACAAUCACAUGACUGCACGCGAGCUGGGGUUCUGGAACGGCGUGAUCGCCAUGGGCUUCUCCAUCUGUGGCUCCUCCCUCGGCGGCCUGCUGCUCUCCCAGUUCAGUAUUGGCUCUCUGAUGAGGCGGGUGUUUGUAAUGCGGACGGUCAGCAUGGUGUUCCAGAGCUCCCUCCUGACUGUGUUGGAACCCUCCCCACUCAUGAAAGUUAUGGCUGUGUUGAGUUUGAGCGUUCAGCACUUCCUGGGCGGCCUCAUCACCACGCUCACCUUCACGACCAUGAUGCACUGCACACAGAGAGCGGAGGAGAGUGUACAGGCCACCCACUACAGUUUCUUGUCCACCCUGGAGGUACUGGGGAAGCUGAUGUUCAGUGCCCUGGCGGGGGGUCUGGUGGACUGGGUGGGUUACCCCACCGCCUUCCUCCUCUUCCUGGUUCUCUCGGCCGGUACAGCCCUCCACGUCUGGAGGGCCACGGAUACCGGGGCCCUCAGGGAACAGCGGAAAGAACAGCCCAAGCUCUUCCCCAACAGCUCAACCAUCCCUUAUGUAACUGCUUUAGCACCCCCCCAUCCAAACCAGCGAUGAUCCAUGCCAACACAAUCCCUCUCACUCAGUGGUCCCCAACCCCCUGGUCUUUGAGAGUAAUACUGUGUGCAUUUUUAAUUGCCCAGUGCUAACAUGUCUGAUCAAGCUAUUCAAGGUGUCGAUGAUCAGUUGAGUCAUUUAACAAGGUGGGUGUGGGUUUGGAGAUUUUUCCAGGACACCGAUGAGUAGUUGUAUGGAGUUGGAGGAUUGGAUCAGUAGCAUAAGGGAUAGGGAGAGCAAUAUAGGGGAAAGCUGUUCAGGGGUUAUUGGAGGACAUACCAUCUGAGCCGUUUUCAUAUAUGCCAAGCCACCAAUAAAACUUAAGCCAGCAGUAAUACUUUGCCAUUGCACUAGUUCUGUGGCGACGUUUACCAAUCCCUACUACCUCUGUUUAACACUGUAAGACAUGCAGAAGCCUAGUGAGCUGUAUAGUACAACAUUUGCUAGCUUGAGUACGAUUUUGAUUAGAGAUAGCUAGCUUAAACCAUUACACAGCGUCAUCUAGUCUAGGUUUGUUAGCGCAAUUAGGGAACUAAAGCCUUACAUAAUGCAUGGUGGCAAGUUAUUAAGGAUUGGAUGGAUUUUUUUAUUUUUAUGGAUUCGGGUAUUGUUUUUAUGGAUUCUUGAGGGGGAAAAACACAUUUUUUGUUAAUGUUACAUAGACUACUGCUGCUUGUUUUUCAACUACCUGCUGAUAGUACUUGUUUCUGUUAUGUGUAAAGUUAUAAAAAAUUACACACACCUUAUCGAAUCACUUUUUAGUGGGCUUGAAACAUACACCUGCUGAAGCAACUUACAUUGUGGUGCCUGCUUUUUGUUUACGAACGGUUCAUUGGACUGGCGAGAGGCAUCUACUGGGAAAGCAACGCAAAUACUCAGCCAAUGCCUCACACCGUUCGAAUACCGUCUGUCUUUUGAUGACCAUAUCUCUCAUUGUGAUGGCUGAAUGAUAAAUAACAGAUAGUCACAGGGAUGAGAGGUCAGGGAGGUGACACGGGACCUAGGCAGUUUCAGAUGGGGACAUAGAACCAGAGCAGCCAUGUUAUGAAUUGGCAUGAAUAGCGAUGGUCACUUUGACCAAUGCAGCCAAGCCCACUCUAAUGUAAAGCAUUUGUUGCAAAGCACACCCCCGUCUCUGACACGUGCUGAGAGACUUGCACAAAAAUAAAGCUGCUACCCAAAUGUC